CCUGAAAUGUCAGUGUGCUAAUUGCGAUGGCGGUUCAUAUAGCUGCCAGUGUUUCUGGCUUUAUCAAUUAUAUAUAAGAGAGAAAUGUGUAAAUGUAAACAAGACGCGGCGGCUACGCGCAGCGGCAACCGCUGCCAACAUCUGUUGCGCAUUGGCCCGUAUCAGUGAUGCUCCCCUUAGUCGUCGCCUCUAAAACCACUUGACGAUAAAAUAUCCUUCCAAAGUAUUCUCGGUACCUGAAGAUGCCAGUACAAUAUCUGGCGAACGAUAUAUACAACUCGGUGCUCCUGGGACUGUUCUCUGUUGCCUCUCAGAUGUUGAACGCUCGCUGUUUUGUCCGUUUUCUUAGAGACCUGGGCAUUUCUUCUGUGGCGACAUUGAUGGAGUUCCGCUUGGACAGCGCGGAGUACUGCCAGGCCCAACACAAAUAAAGUGCGGGCGUGUGAGCGAAAGAGCAGCGAGCACCCGCGGGACCCAUGCGGCCGGGAGCGCGCCCAGACACCCCAUACACACGCUAUAUGUUGCUCAUACACCCACAGCUUCCUUAAAUCCGAAUCCCGCUGCUGAUUGGAGCAUAUCAUCACUCUCAGUUGCCGGAGUUCAACCGAAGAGGAAUAAAAACAAAACAACUUAUGUUACGCGGCUGAUUCCUUAUUAGUUUUCGAUCCCCAUUCUGAACCUUCGUUUAUCCGUCUUCGAAUGUGCUCGAGCGUUUGAAGGCGACAUCCAUGCGGGUGGUUUUCAUUAUAUAAUUGGACCCUUUUUAAAGAAAAACCACGAAACUGAAGUGUGUUGUGUGGAAAUAGAGUGACAAUUUGCCUGUUAGACUCUGACGGAUACCUGCACGUUCUGUCGCGAGUGAAGUGAGGUCACCAGCUCGGUGUGGAACAUCGUAUCGUAUCGUAUCGCUGAGACACGCCCGCAACCGCCAUGAAGCAAAAGGACAUUCGGCCGGCGCCCUCGCUCAUCGAGUACAAGAGCAUGCGCUUCCUCAUCACCGACCGCCCCUCGGACGUUACCAUACAGUCUUAUCUGCAGGAGUUGCGCAAGCACAACGUGUGCACGGUGGUGCGCGUAUGCGAGCCCAGUUACGACACGGCGCCGCUGCGUGCUGAGGGCAUCAUAGUGCGCGACCUCGCGUACGACGACGGCACCUUCCCGCCGCCCAACGUCGUUGACGAAUGGUUCGAGAUCCUGCGCGACAAUGCGGCCCACAAGCCCGAGGCGGCGGUGGCGGUGCACUGUGUGGCGGGUCUGGGCCGCGCCCCAGUCAUGGUGGCCAUCGCGCUCAUCGAGCUCGGCAUGAAGUAUGAGGAGGCAGUCGAGACCAUACGCGAUCAGCGUCGCGGCGCCAUCAACGCCAAGCAGCUGUCCUAUCUGGAGAAGUACCGGCCCAAGUCGAGGCUGAAGAAGAACGGGCACAAGAACUCGUGCUGCGUGCAGUAGCCACCGCAGCCGCAGCCGCAGCCGACAGCGAAUGUAGCUCUGCUUUCACACACACACUGACACACGGAGCACAACCGACUAGUUUGUAACUUAGCAACACAACAGAACCCCCCCUCCCCCCACCCCCCUU